AUGUUCUGGGACCGCGAACAAAAAGAGGUCGAGCAAGGGCCUUCAGAUGCUCGAAAUAUGUCUACCCAGCGCCACCCCAUCUCUUCCGCUUGCACCAUGGGAAUGACGCUUCAUGUUCCAACAGAUCUCCAGCUACCCAGCACUUGGAGGACCCUCUUGUUGCUUGCCCUUGCUGCAGGCUUGGUUUACCAUCUCUCACGGAAAAUAUUGGACUACCAGGUGAGGAGCCUUUUGUCAGAGCAGCGAGACGUCCCACGUUCGUCUUCUCACGUUAAGCAGGCCGAUACUGCUCUAGGCCAUCGGCAUGGCUGCCAGCCACCACCCGAGCUACCAAAACGGUGGCCUCUAGGCAUCGAUCGGAUCAAAGAGCUGUGGGACUCUAACGCUGAUGGGCGGCUUUUGGCUUUUCUCUGCUCUGUAGCAAAGGACUAUGAGCCCCGCAACAACCUUUCUCAGUACCUACUUAUUGGGCCCCGCGCUUAUCACAUCCUUCACCCGAAGAACGUCGAAGCGCUCCUGUCGACAAAUUUCAACGACUACGGCUUUGGCAGUCGACGGUCUGUCUUUGCACCGCUACUCGGGAACGGCAUCUUUACACAGGAAGGCCAGGCAUGGAAACACUCUAGAGAACUUCUACGAAAGCAGUUUGUCCGGGCAAAAUACCAGAACCUUGAACUGUCUUUCCGUGAGCACGUUGAUAACCUCGUCAAUUGUAUGCCCGCCGAUGAUGUCAUCGAUCUUCAGCCGCUCUUUUUUCGACUUACACUAGAUACUGCGACCGCACUUCUCUUCGGAUCCUCAAUUUACAGUCUGAGGGCGAACAUCGACCAGGCUGCUGAGAAUAAGGAGUUCGCGGAGAGUUUCAAUAUUGCUCAGGAGGGACUCGCAAAACGGUUCCGUCUCGCGCCAUUCCACUUCGUCUACAACCCACCUGACUUUCGGAAGGCGUGCCGAAAUGUCCACCAAUUCGUCGAGAGGUAUAUCCGCGAAAAACAGUUGACUGACUCUGUCUCGAGAGAUAGAGCAGCCGUGGAUGAGAAUGCGCCAUGGUUCAUUGACCAAGUUGCCUCCGAGUCGGAAACGGUUUCAGACCUUCGAGACCAGCUACUCAAUGUGCUCCUGGCGGGACGAGAUACUACAGCUUGUUGUCUAUCUUGGACAUUCCGCCUCCUUGUUCGCUACCCUCAAGUCAUGCAACGUCUUCGCCGUGAAGUUGCCGGCGUUAUGGGGGAUUCGAUAAGCCCCACCAGGGAGCAGAUUCGAAAAAUGCUAUACCUAAGUUACGUGGUGAAAGAAAGUCUCCGCCUCUAUCCCCCUGUGCCGCUGAAUAAUCGAGAAGCCGUUCGGACGACGAUAUUACCUACAGGAGGCGGUCCUGACGGGAAUAGCCCAAUCCUAGUCAGGAAAGGAGAACUCGUCGUGUUUUCACAAUACGUAAAUUCAAGGAAGAAGAAUAUAUACGGCCAGGAUGCAGAUGACUUCAAGCCUGAGCGAUGGGGAACUGGUGAGCUCGCAGAGAUUGGAUGGGCGUAUUUCCCGUUUAAUGGCGGGCCGAGGCAAUGUCUCGGGGAGGACUUUGCUCUCAUGGAGGUCUCAUAUACUGUUGUGCGCCUGCUACAAACUUUCCCUGUCAUCGAAUUGCCUGAAGGGGAAACAAUAGAGGCGGUGGGGUCGGAGCGCCAGACGCUGACCCUUGUGCUGUCAAGUGCUGAUGGCUGCAGGCCCGGCGCAAGUCGAUCCUCGAUCCACCCCGAGAUCGCCCCACCAAGCAUGGACACCUACGGAAUCCAAGAGCUGUGGAGGCCCGUGGGCAUCGAGCCAGAGAUAGACAUCGUCGCAGUUCAUGGCCUCAAUGGGGGCGCCCGCAGAACAUGGACAUCGAGAACAGGCGACGUCUGUUGGCUAAAUCACCCCGAUUACCUUCCGAAGUACAUAACAAAGGCCCGAGUCCUUACUUGGGGAUACAACUCGAGCUUUUCAUCUCUCGUUGGCGACGAGCCAGCCAAGGACCGUAUACACCAGCACGCCCAUACUCUAGUCGCCAACCUAUCCGCCAACCGAGGGGCAUUAUCAUAUUCUCACACAAGAACCGGGCACAAAGUAUCUCACGAGUACAAUAUCUUUGCUAGCACCUACGGCAUACUUUUCUUCGGCACGCCUCAUUUUGGGUCCGAAAAGGCGAACUGGCUCGCGUACCUCAAGAAAGUAUCAAUGACCUCUCACUCAGACCUGGUCUCGGCGCUGGCAAAGGAGUCGGAGACUUUGCAAAACAUUACAGAUUACUUUGUUCCCCUAAUGAAAAAUUUCAACAUCUUUUUCUUCUGGGAGCAAAGGAUGACGGAAAUCAAAUUCGGAAAAAAAGAUUAUAUUGUGUCAGUGGAAAGUGCCGCGCCGACGUUCGACGAGACGGAGAGAGCAGGCAUCGCAGCGGAUCAUUCCGGAAUGGUCAAGUUUGAUGAUCCCUCAUCUCAGGCGUUUCAAAUGGUGAUUGAAGCUCUAAUGAGGUACUGCGACCAAGCUCCAGAGGCCAUCAUACGAAAGAGGCAUUUUGCAGCUGAGUUGCUAGACCAGGAGCGGAAAAAUCAAGCAAUGGAAGUGCUGAGCUCUAUUCGAAAUCCCUUUUCGACUCCGCCCUCAACCUCCAGAGUUCAGAGUUUCGACGGAGGAAGGACGAUAACAGGAUUCGCAUCCGUUCAUUCCUUAUCAGCACCCCAGGAUUCUUAA